AUGGGCAGAGCGAUGGUGGCCAGACUGGGGCUGGGGUUGCUGCUUCUGGCACUGCUCCUACCCAUGCAGAUCUAUUGCAACCAAACAUCUGUUGCACCAUUUUCAAGUAACCAGACUAUCUCUACUGCCCCAAAUCCAACUAAUGCCAACACCAAAGCAGGUGGCAUUGCCCUGCAGUCAAUGGUGGGUCUCCUCGUGGUCUCACUUUCUCUUCUACAUCUCUGUGGUUAGAGACUCAGGCCAAGAAACGUCUCUACUUCCCCAUCUUCUAGACCCAACCCAAUGGUAACCACAAGUCCAGUGUGACCUGGAAGAAACAGGUCCACAUCAAAUCUGCUAUUACCACACCUCAACAGAAAACCUUGAGAAUUCAUGUGAAGGAUGUGACAGAUGGUGAAGGCCAAUAUUGAAUCUGCUAGAGUUUUAUGUUCAAGAUGAAGAGUGAUAACACCUGAAGUUGACAUGAUUUCCUUGAAUAUGAGUUAAGAAAUGUGGACACUUAAAACUGUAACUUGAAAUCAAGCAUUGGUUUUAUGUAGAGAUAAGGAUGGGAUGUAGGGUGGAGAUUGUUUUCAUUGGCUCAUUCAACCUAUAAGGCCACAACACAGUUAGGUGAUAUUAAAAGACUUCUUUGGUGCUAUUUAUGUGUAUGUUGGAAGGAACUACCAGGUGUUACUUUAAAUCCUCAGUGUAUUCUCUCAUUACUACUAAUUUAAUAUGCUAAACUCUAGUUAAGUUCCACAUUGCCGAGCUGUUCUUGUUGGAACUGAGCAUUAUACCCCCUCCUGUGGCUUUAGGCUUGACAUUAUA